GUUUGGGGCAGCCCUCUCUGAUAACACAGACCUUUAUAAGUUCAGUUGGAGGAGAAGUAAGCCUGCAGACCUCUGAUCCUAAGAAAGAUGGAAAUGUAUCCAAAAGUUGUGAUCCUCGCCCUGUCUUUCCUGACAACAUCAGCAUACCCAAUCCAUCGUAACACAAGAGAGGCAACAUGGACUGAUCCAAAAGCCAACCAGGCCAAUCACAAGACAGAACUUUCAAAGGACACAGAAAUAACGUACAAGAGCCACAUAGACAGCAGCAGCCUUUACAUCCAAGACGAUCAGAACAAGAACCCUGUUGCAGAAGAGAUGCAACAAAAAGUCAACAUCGAGUCCGAGCGCCUGCGUGCCCGUCUGCGCCAAGAGCUGUCAGAGCUGCGGGAGAGGCUGUCCCCAUCUCCAGCCCAACUUGGCUCCACCCUGGCCAGCAUGAGGGAGCGCCUGGCUCCACUCACUCAGCAGCUCCAGAGCACUCUGAGCAGCAAUACUAGAGAUCUGUGCAGUCAGCUGAGCCUUUACCUGCAGGGUCUGGAGACAGCUGAGGCCCAGGCAGGUGACGCAAGUCCAGGUCUUUACCAGGAAGCCUUCCACUGGUUGAUCCAAACUCUGGAGCUCAGCAACUCUAAGGUGGCCAACAUCAUUGGUGAAUUCCAGGCUAAAGCGGUCAGGGAAGUCGAACAUCUGAAGGAGGAAAAGACAGAGCUGUGGCAGGAAAUGAGCUCCAGGUUAGGACAGGAAGUGAGUUCCAUGAGGAGGGAAGCACAGACAAGGGUUGGCACUCUGAAAACAGAGCUUGCUGCUCUUCUGGAAACUUCUAAUCCGCACAACACUGAAGUGACAGCCAGUCUGGAGCUUUUCUGUCAGAAUUCAGCCCUUCAGAGCCAACUAUUUCAGGCUCGCAUGGAGAGGCUGAUUCAGGGACUGGAGGAAGAUCUGCAGGUACAGAGAGCCUCAAGUUUGUCUUCUCCUCCUUCCUUAUCUGGCAGCUCUUUGCAGGAGGACUUCUCAGUAAGACUCUCUGCUUUGAUCCAAGACAUUCUGCAUUCAGUGUAGUGAAAGACCUCAGGACAUUUAACAGGAAAGAACUGUAAAAGAACUUGCUUUACAAUCACAUUGAAGUGGUUUAUUUGACUUGGACUCUUGUCCAUAAACUGAUUUGUUUAUGCCCUUGUACAUGUAAAAAAAUGUUGUAAAUAUGGUUUUAAAUAGAUUAAUAUGUUUAACUAUUUGUUUAGCUGUCAAUAUAAAUUGACGGUACCAUGUAAAUAUG